GUUUUUUUCCAACAAUUUGAUUGUUAAUUGUUUAAUCGGUUUAAUUGUCGAAUUUUGGUGGUCCAUUUUAGAACCAUGGAGGUGACCGAUGUUAAUAAUGUUAAGAUUUACAAUCUAAGUUGUGGUAAAACGUUUCCAGAUUGGUUACCCGAUCGGAAGAAGAGGCAAUUGUUGAAAAAAGAGCCAUCACUUAAGAGGAGAAUUGAAUUGAUUCAAGAUUUUGAGAUGCCUCAACUUUGUAAUACAAUUAAUUUAUCAUCAAAUGGAGAGUAUAUAUUUGCCUGUGGUGUAUACAAGCCGACAAUGAGAUGUUAUGAUUUGAACAAUUUAUCAAUGAAAUUUGAAAGAUGCUUCGAUUCGGAGAUAAUCAAAUGUAAACCACUUUCAGAUGAUUAUACAAAAUUAGUUUUCAUGUUCUGUGAUCGUUAUGUUGAAUUUCAUUCACAAAGUGGUAGAUAUUAUCGUUUACGAAUUCCUAAAUUUGGCCGUGAUCUUGACUAUCAUCCACCUAAUUGUGAUCUAUUCUUUGUUGGUGAUACAAGUGAUAUUAUCCGAUUAAACUUGGAGAAAGGGCAAUUUUUAAAUCCAUACCAGGGAUCAUCAACAUCAUUUAAUUGUUGUAAAGUUAAUCCAUUUCAUCAUUUACUAGUUUGUGGAUCAACCGAUGGACAAGUUGAAGCCUGGGAUCCAAGGAUUAGAGAGCGAGUUGGUAGCCUUGACUGUGCACUUUCAGCAUUAACGGUUGACCCUCAGGGAAUUCCAGCAAUUAGAUCAAUCGCUUUCAAGGAUGGAGUUAAUUUAGCCGUUGGCACGGAAACAGGGCUCGUACUUUUAUACGAUUUGAGAGCAAAUAAACCAUAUUACACGAAAGAUCAUAUGUAUGGACUGCCGAUUAAAAGUGUCGUUUUCCACCAAGAAUGGGUCAUCUCAAUGGACAGUAAAGUGGUCAAAAUUUGGGAUCGAGAAACUGGUAAACCAUUUACAUCGGUUCAAAGUCAAUAUGAUCUAAAUGAUUUGUGUCUUGUUCCCGAAACGGGAAUGUUUUUCCUCGCAUGUGAGAAUCAAAAGAUUCAAAGUUUCUUCAUUCCUAGUAUGGGACCAGCUCCCAAAUGGUGCUCGUUUUUGGAUUCAAUUGUUGAAGAAUUGGAAGAAGAUCAAGAUGAUGCCAUUUACGAUGAUUACAAAUUCGUGACCACCAAAGAUUUAGAAGAGAUUGGACUUAAUCAUCUUAUUGGUACCAAUUUACUGAGAUCAUAUAUGCAUGGAUUUUUCAUCGAUCAUCGUCUUUACAAUAAAGCUAAAGCCACUUCGAAUCCAUUUGCCUAUGAAAGGUACAAGAAGAAGAAAAUUGCUGAGGCCAUGGAAGCAGCGAGUGGAGAUCGUGUUAAAUUACAACCUAAAUUACCUAAAGUUAAUCAAGAAUUAGCCAAGAAAUUAUAUGAUCUUGAAUUAAGUGGUGAUGGUUCAAGGAAAGCGAAACAAACUGUCGCACUAUUGAAAGAUGAACGAUUCAAGAGUCUUUUUGAAAAUGAAGAUUUUCAAAUUGAGCAAGAUGAUUAAUUUAAUUGAUUUCGAAUUUUGUAAAUAACAAUCUGACAUAUGUUGACACUCAUACAAAUAAUUAAAAAUACAGUUUAAUCUGUGUAACUUGUAUGUUUACCUUUCAA